CAGGCUACAACAUUCUAAACAGGUCAAUCGAAGCAAAAUCUCAUAAGAAAUGACUGGACCAGAUACAGUGUACAGCGAGCAGGUUUCUUGUGUCUCUCACUGAGAAGCAGAGGAGCUGGGACGGUUCAAUGAAGUUCUCCCAGUACGAUGGCUCCGAAGGUGGUGCGCUCCAGUAAGUUCCGUCAUGUGUUUGGCCAGGCAGUGAAAUCUGAUCAGUGCUACGAUGAUGUCCGCAUCUCUCAGAUGACGUGGGACAGCAACUUCUGCACCGUCAACCCCAAAUACGUGGCCAUGAUCGUGGAGGCCAGCGGGGGCGGAGCUUUCAUGGUGCUGCCACUGGGCAAGACAGGGCGUGUUGAUAUGUCUCAGCCGCUGGUCUGCGGUCACACCGGUCCUGUUCUUGAUAUCGAGUGGUGUCCGCACAACGAUGACAUCAUCGCCAGCGGCUCAGAGGACUGCACUGUCAUGAUCUGGGAGAUCCCGGAUGGGGGUCUGACUCAACCAAUCACAGAGCCUGUGGUCACCCUGGAGGGGCACUCUAAGCGAGUGGGGAUCCUGAACUGGCACCCCACCGCUCACAACGUGCUUCUGAGUGCAGGCUGUGAUAACGUGGUGAUCAUCUGGAACGUGGCUCGUGGUGAGCCAGUCAUCACGCUGGACUCCAUGCACACCGAUAUGAUCUACAGCGCCUGCUGGAACGCCACGGGCAGCCAGAUCAUCACGUCCUGCAAGGACAAGAAGAUCCGAGUCAUCGAUCCACGCCAAGGGAGCGUGGUGCUGGAGAAAGACAAGCCCCAUGAAGGGAGUCGUCCGGUGCGCGCGAUCUUCGUGUCGGAGGGGAAGAUCCUGACCACUGGCUUCAGUCGCAUGAGUGAAAGACAGGUGGCGCUGUGGGACCCGAAAAGCUUGGAGGAGCCUCUGACUCUGCAGGAGCUGGACACCAGCAGUGGAGUGUUGUUGCCCUUCUUCGACCCCGACACCGGCAUCGUGUAUCUGUGUGGCAAGGGCGACAGCAGUAUCCGGUACUUUGAGAUCACUGACGAGCAGCCCUACGUUCACUACCUCUCCAUGUACACCAGCAAGGAGUCCCAGAGAGGCCUGGGAUACAUGCCCAAGAGAGGGCUGGAGGUCAACAAGUGUGAGAUCGCCAGGUUUUACAAACUCCAUGAGAGAAAGUGUGAGCCCAUUGUGAUGACUGUCCCUCGCAAGUCGGACAUGUUCCAGGAGGACCUCUAUCCCGACACGGUCGGGCCGGAGCCCUCGGUCGAGGCCGAUGAUUGGUUCGCUGGGCGGGACGGGGAGCUGAUUCUCAUCUCGCUGAAGGACGGCUUCGUAGCGACAAAAACGCGAGAGUUCAAAGUGAACAAGACGCUACUCGCCAAAACCACGGCUACCGCCCGGCCGAGCACCAAGGCCAGCGACUUGCAGAGUGUGCUUGAUGAAGUGAAGAAGCUGAAGGCGACCGUGGAGGAACAGAACAAGCGAAUCUGUGAACUGGAGAAGAAAGUGGGGAAAUAGUCGAAAACAUGUCGAAAACAUUUGCCAUUGAAUCUAGUGCGUUCUUUUUUAUUUUGUAUCUCUAAAUUGUAAAUUCGAACAGAAUUUCUUAGACAGAUCACAAGAUGCAAUACUACAGUAACCGUGUAGCCAAGUGCGGGUAACUCAGUUGGAGAAGUAGAGAAGCUAUGUUAUAAAUAAUGCAGUAUUUCAAGAUCAUUUUAUUGGAUUGUUUUUUAUUUUAAUUGCGUUAAAGUAUUGUACCGAUGUCUCCACUAAUUCUCUUGGGUCAAAUGCACUGGAAUCAAAGCUAGGGUUACCAUAUGGCUCCAGAUUAACCGGACGCUUUGAGACAGACCGGGAUUUCAUAAUUUCCCCUAAAUUGAAACUAAUUCACGUAUAAAUGAGCUCCACCUUUGCUGAGAUUAAUCCUGCUGUGGUGGAAUUGCUUGGGCGUAGCAAACAAUUCACACUGAUCAGCUGCUUCUGAUCAGAUCUUAAUGAACGAAUAGCUAAUUUAUCGAUAGAGCAACGAGAUAAUGAUGAAAUAGUAUUUGCAGAAUAAUAUGGGCGAUUGAAUUUUAAGAAACAGAAAAAAAUAGCGACUGGCUGCAAUUCAUUCUUGGUAUAAUACAAUUAUUUGACGCGCAUGCGGGUAUUUAAGCACCAUUAUUAAUUGUAGCUAACGAUGGUUCAUUUACACCUUCAUUUAUUUCAAUUUAGGGGCAAGUUUGAAAUCCCGUUCUGUCUCACAGCGUCCGGUUAAUCAGGAGCCACAUGGUAACCCUAAUCAAAGCUAACCAAAGAUCACAUUGAACUGAUACAGAACAGAAUGCAGCGAGGACUUCUUCAGGGACCAGGGGAUUAAAAAUACACCCCCUUUAAGAAAAACAUUCCCUUUAAAUGCGACAACUGCGCAGUAACAGUAUUUAACCAGAAGGAGGUGCUAAUGCUAUAUAUAGGAGAAAAAAAAAUGUGUUUGGAAAGUUUCAGCUGAGUAUUAGCCUUGUUUUUAACCAUUAACCUCAAAACUUGAAAAUAUCAAAAAUUCAUUAAAAAAAAAAAAUUAGGACCAAAAGAUUUGAUUUUGUGUGUGUGUGUGUUUUAGGUUUAUACAGAACUUUGGUACAUUAAAUAAAAAACAUUUUUGCUUGUUUGCUUUGAGAAAAAAAAAAGGUUUUAUGAAAAAAUAUAUAAAAAUGUGUCGGCUCUUUUUACACAAAUAAAUAAAAGGUGCCUUGUUUAAACAAAAA